AUGCAGAAUCAACCUCCCAAUGUGUCUCUGGUGCACGUUGACUGGGAGUAUGCCGUGGUGAACAUACAUUUGAGCACUGCCUUCAACGACACCGGCACUGCCUUCUACAAGUCCAAGCGCGGCCCAGCGGUGUGCAUGGAGGAGACGGCUUUGCACAAUUGCCUUCGAGACUUCGAAGAGCAGGAUGCGUAUCACCGACGGUGGGGAGGGCAUGGGAAAGACCAUUGUGGCCUCUGCUUGGAUCGGCACCUUGCAUGUGAGAAGUGGGCCCAAAGUGGCAAUUGUGUGGAUGAUCCCGGCUCCAUGCACCGACUGUGCCCCCACAGUUGUGGCACCUGUGCUGGGCUCUGGCCGGGGCCGGCAUUGCCCAGAGGCGAAGAUCAUGCUGGGCUCUUCGAGCUUGUGCACGUGGAGCCUUUUCGGAUGAACAGGCUCAUGGUCUACAAUGGACAUAUCUGGCACUCUUCGUUUUACCCCUUGUCUUCGUUGAACCGACUUUUGGUGCAGAGUCCUAUGGCGGGCCGACUGAUGCUGCAGCAUGGGCUGAAAGUACCCGCACUGCAGGCAGCUUUCAGUACAUGGAAGGAGAUCAUGGACGCAGCGGAAGAAGCCAAAAAGCCGAAUUUUCUGCUGGGUCUUAUGGGGUUUGGAUUCGGUUUGGAUCCAUGCAGGUGCUUUAAUAAUCAGCAAAGGGCUUUGGGCCCUUGGGGCAUAUUGGAAUGA